AUGACUAAAUGCACUAUAGCCAGCAGGUCAAAAAAUGCCGAGGCGCCAUUUUCAGAAUCUCAAUUACUUGAGAUCAUAAAUGAAAAUUCCAAACUAACGCCACAAGAGCUUGCUUCGAAAUUAGCCGACAAAUUAACGACUAUAUCGUCAAAACAUAAAUUCCUUAUUCACUAUACGUCAUUAGCUACUAAUAAUGCAAAUUCUUUUGAUAUGUGCCUCAAUACUGACUUUGUAUCGAUUUGGGAAUCUUCUAAAGAUGGAUGUAUUACUGUUCAGCUUGAUUUGAUGAAUGGAAGUUGUGAUGAAGAGGAAGCCAAAGCCCAAGACGAGGAUGCGGUAAUGAAAGACGAUGCCACAACAAAGAUAUCAGAAAAUUCUACUAAUGAAGGGGAUGCAACCGACGGUAACCUGAAGGAGAUCGAUGUGUCAACACCCAGUGAAAUUACAUCAAAAACGAGCCCAAGUCAAGUCAAUUGUUUAUUCAUUACAGUAUAUUGGAUAAGUAUAUAA